CUGUGAGGUGCAUAGAGCACACAGAGUGUCUUAUCGCUUUCUACUGUGAGUGUCGUGACUCCCCGCGCUUCACAUAAAUUCAUUUUAACCCAGCAUUCGCCAUCGCAUAAAAAUCAGCAAAAAUGUCUACACAACCACAUAGUAAAAAACGUGUUUGUUAUUAUUAUGAUAGUGAUAUCGGAAAUUAUUAUUAUGGACAAGGACAUCCCAUGAAACCUCAUAGAAUAAGGAUGACACAUAAUUUAUUAUUAAAUUAUGGAUUAUAUAGAAAAAUGGAAAUUUAUCGUCCCCAUAAAGCAACUGCCGAUGAAAUGACUAAAUUUCAUAGUGAUGAGUAUAUUAGAUUUUUAAGAUCAAUUAGACCGGAUAACAUGUCAGAGUAUAAUAAGCAGAUGCAAAGAUUUAAUGUUGGAGAGGAUUGUCCAGUUUUUGAUGGUCUUUACGAAUUCUGUCAAUUAUCAGCUGGUGGCUCCGUAGCAGCUGCUGUAAAACUAAAUAAACAAGCAUCAGAGAUCUGUAUCAAUUGGGGUGGUGGUCUCCAUCAUGCUAAAAAAAGUGAAGCAUCAGGAUUUUGCUACGUCAAUGAUAUCGUCUUGGGUAUUUUAGAGUUGCUCAAAUACCACCAACGAGUAUUAUAUAUUGAUAUUGAUGUACAUCACGGUGAUGGUGUAGAAGAAGCUUUUUAUACGACUGAUCGAGUAAUGACGGUAUCAUUCCAUAAAUAUGGAGAAUAUUUUCCUGGAACUGGAGACCUUCGAGAUAUUGGUGCAGGAAAAGGAAAAUAUUAUGCAGUCAAUAUACCUUUAAGAGAUGGAAUGGAUGACGAAAGUUAUGAAUCAAUCUUUGUACCAAUUAUUUCUAAAGUUAUGGAAACUUUCCAGCCUUCAGCAGUUGUUCUUCAAUGUGGAGCAGAUUCAUUAACUGGAGAUAGACUGGGAUGUUUCAAUCUAACUGUACGUGGGCAUGGGAAGUGCGUAGAAUUUGUUAAGAAGUACAAUUUACCAUUCCUUAUGGUUGGUGGAGGAGGAUAUACCAUCAGAAAUGUAUCCAGAUGUUGGACUUAUGAGACUUCAGUUGCUUUAGGCUGCGAAAUAGCCAAUGAACUUCCUUACAAUGACUACUUUGAAUAUUUCGGACCUGACUUCAAACUCCAUAUAAGUCCGUCCAAUAUGGGAAAUCAAAAUACGGUAGAAUAUUUGGAGAAAAUAAAAACCAGACUAUUCGAAAAUUUGAGAAUGUUACCGCAUGCACCAGGAGUCCAGGUGCAAGCAAUCCCUGAAGAUGGUGCUAAUAUUGAGGACUCAGAAGCUGAGGAGAAAGUAAAUCCUGAUGAAAGGCUACCUCAGCGUGAUAUAGAUAAAAGAAUACAACAUGAAAAUGAAUACAGUGAUAGUGAGGAUGAAGGAGAAGGCGGAAGACGUGAUAAUCGAUCAUUUAAAGGAUCCAGAAAAAGGCCGAGGCUAGAAAAAGGUCAAGAGCCAAUGGAAACUGAUAUUAAAAAAGAAGAUGACAUUAAGUCUGAAGUAAAAGAAAAUGAAAAAGACGACAAAUCAAAUGCUGUCAUUGAAGACUCGAAGAAAGAUGGAGCAGCAAAUCCUUGAUAAAAAUAUAACCAUCGGAAGUUAAUAAAUUUUGAAAAAAACUAAGUUAAUUAAAUAAAUUUUAAAAAUCAUCAUAGGUAGUAUGAGUGUAUAAGAGUCCUCCAUGUCAUAAUUCUUGCUGCCUCGAAUGCAUAUCUUUCUGUUUCAUGACUAAAUUCUCCCUCUGUACAGGUAUCAUGUUAAUUUUUUUUUUUGUUUUUAAUAAUUUUUUAAUUGUGCAUUCAAAUCAUGUGUUCGUGGCGAGCAAUGAUCAACUGAUCACGAGGGAUUGAUUGAAAUUAUUGCAAAAUACACAAGAAUGUUAUUUUAAUUAUAGGUCCAAUAUUACUCGUUAGAUUUUUUGUUCAUUAGAUAUUAAUUAAAUCAUUAUAUCGUAAUCUACUGAUGAAAGUGCACAAAAAUAAGUAGAGUUACCUUUUGCAACUCUGAUAAGUAAAGUGAAGCAAUCCAAUUAAUUAAUUUAACUUCCAAUUUUUGUACAUAUAAAAAUUGAAUUUUGCAAAUAAUUGAAACAUACACGAGUUUUUUCUCUCGUAUAAAAAAUAUCUUCUUUUAUAUGUGAGUAAUGAUGAUAAAAUUAUGAAUGCUUAGAGAAAAGAAAAGAAAUGAAUAUAAAUAUAUAUAUAUUUAAUUACUGUUCAGAUUUAGACUUAACUUGACACUGCAUCAGAAAAAUAUUUAAAACAAACUAGAUCUCAUCAUUUAUUUAUAUCAGUAAUAGUUUACAAGUUUUUUUUGCGAUAAAUUUCAUAUAAUAUUUAGAACUGUAUACAUCUACAUGUGAAUGUUAAUUUGAUAAACACUAUUUUUUACAAGGCAUUGUUCAAAGUACGAUUCAUUUCUUUUUAAAAUAAUUUGUUUAUGAUAUUUAAGAAUAAAAAUAAAAUAAAAUUAAGUUAUCUCAAAUUAUAAGAGUUUACAAAUGAAUAAUAACGGCUAAGUCAGACUCGAGUUAAUAAUUAGUUAAUGAACAGUCUGAAGUUAUAAUAAUCAAAAUCUAGUCCAUUUUGAAAACAUAUAACAUCAGGUUUUUCAUUAAAAAAUUGUGAUUUAAGUUAGGUUUCAUAUAUUCUAACAAUUAUACAUCUUCUAUUUACUGUCUGGCUACUCCGUUGCUAAAUUUUAAUGUAAUAAGUGAAUGAAUAAUUCAUCUGUCUAUGAUGGUGUGAUGAAUUGAUUUUUGUGCUCUAAUAUAGGAAAAGUACAGUGUUUUUAAAUAUUUAUAAUAAAAAAUAAAAAACAAUUCGAUUUA